UUUGUUGUUGUUACAUAUUACAGCUAAACAUGUUGAAGGAAAUCCUUAAGAAUCUUGAUGUAUUUCCUUCCAUGGUUUUCAGUUUCCUGCCUGUUUUUCUCCAAUUACUCCCUUCUUCUACAGAAAGAGUUUCUUGUUUCUGUGCUUUCUUACAGCAUCCUAUACAUGAAAGACAAACGGGAGUCAUAAUAAGUUUCUCGAAAUUUUAUCCUUUAGCAACACCCUCCAUUUCCACUGUAUUUUGUGUUUGAACACAAAUCUGGUUUCUCUUCAUACAUCUUUGAUCUUUUCCGGCCAUGGUUCCAAAAUGGGAAGGGGAAAGAUUGAGAUCAAGAGGAUUGAGAACAACACCAACCGACAGGUUACAUUCUGCAAGCGAAGAAAUGGGCUGUUGAAGAAAGCUUAUGAACUCUCAGUUCUCUGUGAUGCUGAAGUUGCACUAAUUGUGUUCUCCAGCCGUGGCCGCGUCUACGAGUAUGCCAACAAUAACAUUAGAUCAACUAUUGAUAGGUACAAGAAAGCAACUGCAGAUAGUUCAAAUGCAUACACUACUCAAGAGAUCAACGCUCAAUUUUAUCAACAAGAGUCCAAGAAGCUGCGUCAGCAAAUACAGAUGCUCCAGAGCUCCAACAGGCAUCUUAUGGGUGAAAGCUUGGGCUCUUUAAAUGUGAAAGAGUUGAAGCAGCUCGAGAGUAGGCUUGAAAGAGGCAUCACAAGAAUUAGGGGGAAGAAGCAUGAACUGAUACUUGCUGAAACUGAGAAUCUGCAGAAGAGGGAAAUUCAGCUGGAGCAGGAAAAUGCCUGCCUUAGAGCAAAGAUACAAGAAAACGAGAAGCUUCAACAACUUAGCAUGAUGCCUUCUGGACAAGACUUUGCAUUCCAGGCUUAUCUUGCUCGCAAUGUGCUCCAACUGAACAUGAUGGAGAAUGUUACUGCCUAUCCUGUUCCCGACAAGAAGACUCUUCAUCUCGGGUAACUAUAAUCAGUGUCUCUGGAGAUUCAUGGGAGUCGGAGAUUGACAAGUCCUGAAUAACUUAUAAGUAUUUGUUUCUAUCUAAUAGGGCAUUGUGGCUUUUAAGACAUGAAUCCACUGUUUUAAUGUGUUUGUGUUUAAUUUGCUACUCUUUCUUAUCACGUACGUGUUAUCCAUGAAUGCUUCCUGGCAUCAUACUUUAUCUCAAGUAACAUUUAAUUUUGAUGUUUUCA